UCCAUCACUCACCGUUCUCUCUGGGGCGCACACGGACUAGUUUAUUGCGCACAGGGAGUCUAUACAGUGGACGUUAGCUGGAUGUUUAUUGCGCGUGUGUGGACUCCAGACUGCGCCAGGAGGCUGCGGGAUGUCAGCGGAGCUCUGUCGGACGAGAUGGAAUCAGCACCUCUGAGAACAUCCUAAAGGCAGACAGACAGGACGUCAUAUUUCGUACAGUGGCAGAUCCUUCGGUGGCGUUGCCGGUGUUGUGUGCGGCCUUGUUUCCCAUGGACCUCAGGGUGGGAGAGCGGGGGAUGCGCCCUGGUUCGGACACGGCGCUGUUCACACCGCUGCACCCACCUUUACUCCUCACCCAGUUCUCCUCUCAGCCCUGCACCUCCUUCUCCCAACAGCAACUGCACCAGCAAAUCAGGUUUAAUGUGGAGCAGAGGAGGCGAGAGCAGGAGCACCAUGAGAAGCAGCAGGAGUUGCAGCAGUUAAAACACAAAGACAAGAGUCAACAAAGCGCGGUGGCCAGUUCCCUGGUAAAACAGAAAUUGCAGGAGGUAAUUCUUAAGAAGCGGAAACAGGCGGCGCAGGAGAGAACGAACUCCAACACUGUAGCCUACAGAAAUCUGGGUCCAGACCCAAGUGCGUCCUCCCAGCCUCUGGUGCCAUCACCGUCACAGCCGUCUCCAGAGGGUUCAGAAGGGACGCCACUCCGCAGAGCAGCAUCUGAGCCCAAUCUGAAGGUGAAACACAAGCUGAAGAAACACCUGAACACCCGCAAGAGCCCGCUCACCCGCAAAGAGAGUGCCCCGCCCACUGUCAGACACAGAGUUCCUGACACGCUGGACUCGUCCCCCAGCAGCAGCAGUACUCCAGUCUCUGGCUGCAGUUCACCGAAUGACAGUCUGCCCAAUGAAAAUGGACUACUGCCAUCUGCAGGCGGCCUCUCACAUGAGGCCCAGAAGCUGCUGCUCAGAGACGGCACUCUGGCUAACUUCACCAUCCAGAGCCCCUCCACUCUGCCCACCAUCACACUGGGACUACCAGCCAACGCCAGGAUGCUUGUUCGUGUGCAGGGUGAAGGAGAGCUGUCUUCUCUGAAGGUCGGCCGGUUGCCGGUGGUUACAGCCGGGGUCUCCCCCGUCUUCCUCCCCCUGAGCAGAGAGGAUCAGGCCGGGCACCCUCACCUGCCCGUCAUCAUCCUGGAACCCUCUGGACUGGUGCACACUCCUCUACUCUCUGUUCCAGGCUUAGACUCUGUCCCGCUGCAGUUUGCCACCCAGUUAGACCACCUGUCUCCUGGAGGCUCUCAGCCCCACAAGCCCCUGAGCCGGACACGCUCAGAACCCCUCCCCCAGAGCCAAAGGACCCUUCAUACACACCUCCUUCAACAACAGCAUAACACACAACUACUUGAGAGGCUCAAACAGCAGACCCACCUCGGCAAGCUGAUGACUAAGUCCAGCGAGAAGCCCAGACUGCAUCAGAUCCCCUCUGAGGACAUGGACUCAGAGGACGGGGGUGGGAUUUCGCCCACAGAGCCAACCUAUCAGAGCAGAGUGCGGGCAGAGUCACUGAGGGAGGCGGAGCCAACAGCAUCCAAUAGCCAUGAGGAGCAACUGAAUCUGCAGCAUGCACUCAUACUCAACCAGUCGUUGCUAUGGGAGCAGCAGAAGCAGCUGCAGCAGCUGCAUCGACAGAUGGAGACCCUGGCAGUGCCCAUGCUACGCGGCGGCAGUGGGGUUGGUAGCGGGCUGGGCGUCCAUCGCCCCCUGUCACGGACACAGUCAUCCCCAGCCUCCACCUCUCUCACUCUGCCUGAGAAGACCCUGAGCCUGGCUCCACAAGACACCAGCAGCAAACCACGCUUCACCACUGGUCUGGUGUACGAUUCUCAAAUGCUGAAGCACCAGUGUACAUGUGGAGACAACAGCAGUCACCCAGAGCACGCUGGCAGGAUACAGAGCAUCUGGUCUCGACUACAGGAGAGAGGCCUAAGGGGACAGUGUGAGACUAUUCGUGGUCGUAAAGCCACUCUGGAGGAGCUGCAGUCAGUCCACACGGAGCGACAUGUGUUGCUCUAUGGCACAAAUCCUCUCAACAGACUCAAGCUGGAUAACCGCAAACUGGCCGGAAUCCUCUCUCAGAGAAUGUUUGUGAUGUUGCCAUGUAGAGGAGUAGGGGUUGAUAAUGACACAAUAUGGAAUGAGUCGCACACCUCUACAGCGGCACGCAUGGCGGCGGGCAGCGUUGUCGAGCUGGCAUGCAGAGUGGCCAAAGGAGAACUGAAGAACGGCUUUGCUGUGGUCAGACCGCCCGGGCAUCACGCAGACCCCUCCAAUCCAAUGGGUUUUUGUUACUUCAAUUCAGUGGCGAUAGCGGCCAAGCAGCUCCAGCACAAGCUCAGCGUCAGCAAGGUUCUCAUUGUUGACUGGGAUGUUCACCAUGGCAACGGCACCCAGGAAGUGUUCUACAGCGACCCCAGCGUUCUCUACAUCUCGCUUCAUCGCUACGACGACGGGAACUUCUUUCCUGGCAGUGGGUCACCGGCUGAGGUCGGUUCUGGAGCAGGCGAGGGCUUCAAUGUUAAUGUGGCGUGGACGGGAGGACUGGACCCGCCCAUGGGAGAUGCUGAGUACCUCGCCGCAUUCAGGUCUGUGGUGAUGCCCAUCGCUCAGGAGUUCUCCCCGGACGUCGUGCUGGUGUCAGCUGGAUUUGAUGCUGCUGAGGGAAACCCGGCUCCUCUGGGAGGGUACAAGGUCUCCUCUAAAUGUUUCAGUUUCCUGACCCGCCAGCUGAUGUCUCUAGCAGGGGGUCGUCUGAUUUUGGCCCUCGAGGGAGGUCACGACCUUACAGCUAUCUGUGACGCAUCUGAAGCCUGUGUCAGUGCACUCCUGGGCAUACAGGAGCCACUGUCAGAAGAAGUCCUUCUUCAGAAGCCCAACGCUAACGCAGUCCACUCGCUGCAGACUGUCAUACAGAUACAAAGUCAGUACUGGCAGAGUGUGAAGGCUAACAGUGGAUCAGUGGGUCUGUCCCACCUGGCUGCUCAGACAAGAGACUGUGAGGAAACAGAUGCUGUCAAUGCUUUGGCCUCGCUCUCUGUGGGAGUCCUCUCCAACAAGAGCGUCCCUGAUGAGCCAAUGGAGCACGACUGCGACUCCAUGUAGAAGAAUCUGACCAAUCACCUCACAGAACUCGCUUUAAGGAGUUGGGCCCAACUCAUCGCCUCGGAUCUCUUGCGCUGUCACAUUACCAUGAAGUGGGGCGCCUUUGUAAUGCCACUGAGCCCCAUCCGCCUUAUUCACACACACAUGCACAUCCACUGACUCUCAAUGCUGAACCUCUACGGAUCUGCCACGUGAACACCUCAAUGCUGGUAACCGCUCAGAUGAAGCCAGCAGCUCAACAUGCAGCUGGGAAACCUUCUGAAACCUCACCAAAGAGCAAUACACAUGAGUUUUUAUGGACUUUUCAUGUCUCCUGACUAACAUUGGACUGUUUGUACGUUCAGAGGUCUGAGCUCUGUGACCUCAAACCUUACAGGAAGUGACAGAAUCCAGAGUCCAGCUCUGAUUCUUCUUGAAGCACUAUUUACCAGCAGCUGAUUGGGUGCCUUAACUUUGCCUUAACGAAAGGACCAACAACUGUUUUCAGAAGGAGACGACUUUGGAUUCUAACAUUUUUUCUCUUGUGCCACGUGGCCUCACGUAUCAGAAGCAGCUGUCAACCAAAUGGGAUCCAAAACAGCUGACGCAGAACGUACCUACUGUUUGACAUCAGGUGAAAUCAUGAAGUGUAUACAUUAGAGAUGCACGGAUCGGCUCUGACGUCCUAAUCUGCAUGUAUGCUUGACUCAUCCACCCAUCACCCACCCAAAGGAAAUAUAUUCUCCAAUGUAGAGAUCUGCAACCACAUGACCAUUCCAAAAAUAAAAUAGCAUCCACUGUGCCAUGAUUUUGGUGAGUCCGCCUCACCUCAAUGAUGCACCCGGCUGCGCUGAACUCGCAGUGUUUGUUGCAGGAAUGCACAAGAUUUAUUUUGCAAGGUGCUGCAGCCGUGGGCAUGAGCGGCCUUGUUUCUCCCAAAAAGAAAGCAAAUUGUUCUCUGAUGACUCGUCCAAUUGGCCCAUUUCACCAAAUCAAACCCAACCACUGUUAAUCAGAUAUUUUCAUUUUACGAACCGAUCCACCAGACCUGCAGAUCGACCACGAGUCCGCGGGUCUGACGGCAAUAAGCACAUCACCAGUACACACACAUACACGCCUAAUGGAUAAGAUAUCAAAAAAAAUAUCAACAUGAAAAGUGACCACAUGAAACAAAAGAGAACGUAAAAGGACAGAAAUGGUCUGUUUAAAUGAUGUCAUAACCACUAAAAGAAGAUAAAAGAAGUCGAGGGAAAUAGAGAAAAUGAAGACACAAAGUGGACCACUGUGGUUUUUGUAGAAACAAAGAAAAGGGCAAAUGUCCUUGUUGUUAAAUUGCACUGUUCAUUCCAUAAUGUGAACCAUAAGAAAUUCCAAAGCUCUGGGGAAAAGAACAACAACUCCUCUCUCUAGGUUAUUUAAUGUUUUUUUUUUUUGGAAGAUCUGGAUGAAAUGGUGUUUGCUAUUAUUUUUUUUCCCACUCGUCAUGAGAUGUCUUAUGAAGCCUGUUACUCAUUCUUAGGACACGCAUCGGCCGAAAUACUGUACAGCUGUAGUUCCUAUGAAGUUAAUCGGAAAAGUAGGCAAGAUUUUAAAAUUAACUCGUCUUCAGUGUCUUACACACUCACACACUUGAUACAUACCUACACACACACACACACACACACACACACACACACACACAUACAAAGAUGAACUCUUGAUGUACCACUAGUAUUGAAUACUGUAUGUUAUUGUUAAUAUUUGAGACUAAAGGAGCAUUCAUUCCACUGUGGCACCACUGAGGACCAUUGUAUUGUUCUGUAGUGGCAAUAAUGUUAAUGCACUUAAUGGACAUCACCCAAAGAAAACUGCCUUAAAUCAUUCUGCGCUUGGCAACAGGACUGUGUGUGCAAGCAGCUCGAGGGACCAGCAUGGAUAGUGCUCUCACAGAGACUCUUAAUUUUAAAAGACGACAUUUGAACCUGUGGAUUUAAGUGAACAUCAUAUAUGCAGACUUUUUGAUAAUGGCCUCGUUUGAAUGUUCUGUUCAUUAUGUUAAAAAAGAAAAUUAGAUUUGGAGCUUCAUCACAGUCUAAUUAAGGAAACUAAUGCUUUGUGUUUUGUUUGCAUGUGAACGUGAGGGUUUUUUUCCAUAUGUGACAACCCAGCUUAGCUUCUGCACUUCUAUAGACAACGCCAUGCUAAACAUGUCAGUCCGGCAUCUUUGUAGUAGCGGUCGUGUUGAUCAUUGAUAUGAGGAAUUUUCUGACUUGCCCUGCUGUAGGGGCGUGGAAGGGCUCUGCAUCCUAAAACUAACAACAUCCUGUUUCUUGGUUUAUUGUGUCUCUUAGGUUGUUAGGCAGCAAAGUAAAGUGUGUCGAUGCACAUUAGGUCCAAUUUAGGCUUUUUUAGAUUAAAGCUGCAAAAUAAUGACUUUUAGCUAAAUUUUAAUUCUUAUUCCAGAUUUCUUUAAUUUUAUGUUGUUAAAGCUUCUGGAGUAGCUUCUUAAGUAGACACUAAACAAUCUCUCUAAUGAAACUAAGACUAAUGAAAUCCUUUUUUUUACUCACUUCUCUAUCGGAAAGUGGUUUGUACAUCCAUUAUUUGAUUUAAAGCAGCUCAUUUUGGCAGAGAUUUGAUAAAAAGAGACUCCAUUUGAUGUAAAUGCAGCUUUUGUAAAAUCUCGACUGAAAUCAGGACAAUGUGUAGACGGCUGAAGGAAUAAUUAUCAGUCCAGCAUCCAGGUAGGGAAGUGGAUUGUAGCGUUGCUUCAAUUAGACCCUGGGCAGUGUCUGCCCAACAGAAGGUCUCAGAGUUUUUUACAUUGGACAAAAUGACCACAGGGCCUCUGAUACCACUGCUCCAUGACAGUCGGAGCUAUCAAGGAGGAUUGAUGUUCUUUAAAGCAGUGCAACCGAAACAAGUGUGUCACUCUUUUCAUUUUGUCCAUAGUGUUGUUAACAAGUGACAGUAACAAUAUGCUGUGUCAGUCUUACACAGCGUGCCUAGCAGGUGCCUGUAGUGUCUAUGAAGUAAAUGUCCACGUCGACGAGAGUGUGUGUGUGUGUGAGAGAGAGAGAGAAAAAGAGUGUCUGAUUGUACGUGCACUAGUAUAUAUGUAAACUUCUAUCAUGUGUUUUGAGUUUGCAUCCACAAGUGUUAGUCUGUGUUUAUGUUUGUGUGCCUGUUAAUACUGUAAGUGACCUCCUGUAUUAUAUUCCCCGUCUUUGUCCAUGUAGAGGCCACUGUCGCCUCAACUCUUAAUUCCCUUUAUUAAUGAUGUCAUGUGUACCUUCUUCUUAAAGAAAGACACUGUAAAUAGAAACUUCAAGACCAAAAUACACAUGUCACACAUGUGCCUUGAUGCAUUCAGUAGUGUGUGUAUUGGUAACUCUUAACUAACUGGACUUACUCUGUAUCUAUGAACAUGACAUUGAAAUCUUUGUUUCAUACUAUUCUUUAUUAUUUACCUGUUACAUGUUAUUUUUCUUUCACAUUUCCUGCCAUGUGUAUGUAUAGAAAGAUUCUCUAUUUUGUACUGUUAUUUUUCUCUUUACUCUCGAUUAAAAGAAAUAACUUCUUGUAUGAGCCAA